AUGGGCCCGCGAGGGUGCCAACACAAGGAGGUGGUCGGCUUACUGCUGGCUGCCGUGGUGGUUGUUUUGGUCAGCGAGCACACUCUGGCAAUCCGAUGGUUAGGGCUCCACUCUAGCGGUAACAUCCACUGGAACUCCAGUUCAGCGUGUCGCUCGGCCCGGAACUCCUUGCAACUCUCCCGCAGACAGACCCGCCUGUGCAGGACCUCCCCUGAGGUAUUCGCCGUGGUAGUUCGUGCGGCAUUCACUACCGUCUCGGUGUGCCAGGACGUACUACAGGAUAGAAGAUGGAACUGCUCUUCGGUCCUCCUGGCACCAAACUUCACUCCAGACCUUACAUCUGGUACACGGGAGCAGGCAUUCGUAUACGCGCUGGCGUCUGCUGCAGUCACGCAUGCAGUAGCACGAGCAUGCUCUUCAGGUCUGCUGCCGCAAUGCUCAUGCGCAUCUCCUCCCCGGGAACCUCCAAAUGGAAACUUCAAAUGGGGCGGAUGCGGUGAUAAUCUACGCUGGGCGUCACAGUUUGCAGCUAUGUUCGUGGACUCUUCAGAGAGACACACAAGUAGUUUAAGAUACAGAGAGCGAAUGAGACCCAAGUCAGCCACCACCAGAACAUCAGAAACUGACACAGAAGUCCACGGAGUCUCAGAAAGAACAACGAUGACCUCGAUCAACUUACACAACAACCAAGUUGGGAGAAGACUCGUGGAGAGCAGUGUGCAGUCGCAAUGCAAGUGUCACGGAGUCUCGGGGUCGUGCAGUAUACGAACGUGUUGGCGAGCACUGCCGUCACGACUACAAGAGAUCGCCACUCGAUUGGUCCGCAGAUACCCCCACUCUGUUGCAGUCCGAGUGGGCGGGGCUGUGGGGUGGAAACUUCUACCUGCUAGACCCUCUCCUGGUCCUCUCUACUCUCCAGACGAUCUUCUGUACCUAAACGACAGCCCUGACUACUGCCACAGAGACUAUCGUACCGGCAGCGUCGGUACACAUGGCAGAAGAUGUAACAGCUCAGUUGAGGGCUACUCCAGCUGCAACAACAUGUGUUGCGGCAGAGGUUACGAGACUCGCUGGGAGGAGAGACUGGAGAGAUGUCACUGCAAGUACUACUGGUGUUGCUACGUCAAGUGUAAAACUUGCCGGACACAGGUGCAGGUGGACUACUGCAACUAACUGCAAUGUAACACUUCAACAGUGUGAGAAUACAGUAAAGUCCUGCAAUCCCAAACCAGCUGUUCUGAACAUAGUUAAAAAAAUACAUCUUUGA